CCUAAUCUCGCGUCAGAUUAUCCGAUAAAUCUUUCUCUGCAGAGGAAAGAAGAGAAAUGCAGAUUCAAGUGAAGUGCAGCUGCGGCGAAGGGAAUUGCCCAGAGUGGGCAAUAGUCGAACUGCAAGGUGUAAUCGAAGCCCAACCCUUUGUUCAAGAUCGUCUCCAGAACCUGGAAAUCGGAUGCCUUUGCCAUACUUCCGCUGAGGGUAAGUACACAUUCACCGUUGGGUAUCAUGAGUUGACAGGAUCAAAAGUACCCUUGAAGAAGCCAUUCUUAGUUCUAAAGAAAAAGAAAGUGGUGGACAUCGAGCCAGAGAAGAAUGGUUCUUCAGCUUCAUCAAAGAUCGAACUGGAAGUUGUUGGCAUUAUUCGUCAACGCAUUUUGUUCAAAACCAGACCAAAGGCCCUGAUAUCAAAACCAAAGUCGUCAGUGAAGGAAAAGAUGAGCAGGCCAUGUCCCAUUGUUAAUUGAAUCAGCACGGAAAAUGAGACACCUUCCUAUUUGAAGGUGAUUGAAGCAAGAUUGCUUGAGGCUUAAGCGUAUAUUAAUGUCGUAUCCUGAAGAACUAUAGGUGAUGAUUCCUCAAAAUUGGCAUCAAAGGCAGUGGAUGGGAAAUUGAUAUGUUCAUAAGGCUACUUCAAUCCAACUAUUCAGGGUCUGCUGUAUGAUUCUCCUGAAGGUUUAGCUUGUAAGCAAGGUUGGAAUUGUAUCAAAAUGCAGGUGACUAAACUCAUAUCUUUUUCCUUUCUUCUUUGAAAUAUUCCUAUGGCAGAGAAAACUUGUGUUACAGUACAGGUUAAUGUAGGGGUAGAGAUAGUACUUGCACAGAUCAAAUAGAGACUUUAUAAU